GUUAAUGUAUGACUGUGCCAAGUCUUGUGACUGAUGCUGAUCCUAUUAAUAGGCUAAGUCCGACAUGUGUUGGAGACCGACACAAUCAAUGAAAAUAUUGUAAUAUGGACAUUACCCCGGACCAGUCCAUUCUCUGAUGCCAGAGGGAACAGUAUGGCGCAUGCUAGUUUUGUAACUUGAGAGAACAGACCGAGGACUAGGAGGCCAGUCCACACAGUGACUCAGAGAAUAUACAGGGAGAUCGCAACUGCACGACCGGUCGUUCAUUAUGGUCGGGGAGAAAUUGACUCGGGAUAGACUGAGUACCACUGCUUGGAAUUGGGUCGUCUGCUCCACGCUGACCGCUCUGGUGGUGGUGAGAUGCGAAUGUCCUCUAAAAGUCCUCCAGAUGGCGCAGUUGUGUACUGCCAACCUCGGCAUCGGGAUCGGCCCUCCCCAGGCCGGCCAGCGGGAGUUUGUCCGUGGGGGGGAGGUCGAGAAGGCCAAGAUGGCGUGCAGGGAGGGUUUGUUUCACCAGACAGUGUCGUGUCUCCGGGCUCUUACAGACAACUGCACGGGAAACACGGAUAGGGAACACAUUCUCCAGAUGAUGGUGGAUCCUGACAAAAGUGAAGCCAGUGUCAAUUACUUCUGUAAUAAUAUCAAAACGUACGAAGCGAACGCCCGCUGUAUCGCCGAAUCCCACCCCGAACAGGUUAACUGCACACACGAGGUGCAGAAAAACUUCAAGACGAAAGCCAAGGCCACCGUCAACAUUGACGUCAUGAUGACGUCAGCAUGCAGAUUCUAUAAAGUUGCAGUGUCGUGCUCCUCAAAGGUGAUCCGCCGGCGAUGUGGUCGUUCUGCUGCCAACGUUGUCGUGAAAAUAAUGCAGGGCUUCCAGCCUCCUAAAUGUCUAAAGGUGAAGUUUGAAGAUGAGGGAAUUUAUUCUUUCGGGGACGCUGAUGCCGACGAUGACGCAGGAGCAUCUUCGGUUGUGACGAGCCACAAACUGAUGCUACUUGUAUGCGUGUUGAUAUGCGUGUUCAGGACAUUCUCGUGUCCGUAAACACUAUAGAAGGAUGACACGUCUUGCUUCAAUGACCUCCUGUAAACCAGCAACCUCAUCGUCAACAUUCUACGUCUGCGUGCUGUCGCGAACCAAUUGCAGAGAAUGUUCUUGUACGCAUGGGAAGCUAAAACGAUCGGUCCACUAUAAAUGACCGUCACAGAACGUGGCCUUAUUCUGGUUGGUGGCCCAACCUAAAGAGGAGCUUGAUUUUCAUCUUUCCAAUAGCAAAUGUAGUAAUGGCAAUGUUUGUAUAUACUACUCAAAACAAGUUAAAGAACAGCCGGACUUUCUCAUAUGAUUAUUGUUAAUCUGUUCUAGCCGUUCGGUUGUUCUUUACAUCUUUUUGAGUAGUAUGUAAACUAACGAAUGCAAUGAAUUGUACAUGGAACACAGAUGAAACUCAGGCUCCCACAGAUGUGCAUGGUCUUCCUUCUGGUGAGGCUCUGGGUUGUGUCGUGGGAAAUCCAGUCAUUUAAUGACGCCAUCGAGCCUUACACAAAGACGGACAGACCUAUAGUGACACGUGACCUAAAUAAGUCACGGUGGAAUUCCUUUCUUCACACCUCAUGUAAUACAUAGCAAUUUGAACUUGUGUGUCUAAAAAAACAUGUGACGCUGAAAAAUAGCUUAGUAAGCGUCAUUGUGGAAUUUUGAAACCUGUGACGAUGAAAAGAAGUUAUGUAAGCGUCAUCGUGUGAUAACGUAGUGAGUGGAAUGAACGUUCGUUGGCAACUUAAGCCGCCGUUGACAAGUAGUUCACGCGUCCCUUAGAGAGAUAGAUGCAAACAUUGAUGCAAUGCACCAAUGUUGGGAUCCGACAGUAUUCUCUGUCUCGUCUUAGAUUCAGCUAGAAUUCCACUAUAUGUUAGUCGGUGGUGACUUGGUCCAAGUUUCGUAAACCUACGCAAUCGUGUCAGAUGCGAAACGUUGCGCUGUCGAGAGGUUAUCAGACUUCUCCGCCAAUACUGCAUUACACACGUCACGCUUUCUAAAACCGCUUCAGUGGAACCUCGUUAUUGGGAAUCCACUGGACCGCGGAAUGCGUGUCGUGUUAGCUAUAGCUCAGACAAGCCAUAUAAACAGUAAUGUCACUCGGGGUACGGCUUUAGCCUUGUUCCAGGAGUUGCACUACAGGGACAAAUAGGCUUCCCACACUGUACCAUGUGGGAAUUCGAACCUGGUCCCUCGGCAUGACGUCACCGCCCUCGCUAUAGGACGUUAAGUAGAGUGUUUGUAUUUUAACUGUGAUAUCUGAAGCGUCAUAUUUAUGAAAUUUAUGAAUAUGUUUGUAAAUCACGACAAUCAUUCAGCAUGAAUUGCAGCAGAUGUUGUUGUUAAAUAUGUUGUAUGUGGACGUAGCGUUGUGAUUGUGUUACAGUGGGUAAUCUAAGGUGAAUUCAGAUACUUCGUGGCGUCCGCCAUGUGUGUACUUAGGUCUGCUACAAAAUGGCGUCGGCAUUAUCUACACAGUAUGUGAUUGGUUGUAGGCGACCAACAUGUUUGAGAACCUUUCACGCGUCACAUCGAGUUUGAAAACACUGAAUCGUUGGUUAAAAUAUUAGUGAGAAUAGAGACCGAUUCUUUUUCGCGCUAACAGUUUGUCAAACUGUAGAUAUUAGUUUGCAAACUGUUUUCGCAAUGUGGACACACACACCACACGCACGCGCACACACACACACACACACACACACACACACACACACACACACACACACACACACACACACACACACACACAAACACAGACUCAAAAACACACACACACGCUAAAAAAAACAAAGACAAGAAAAACACUCACACUCUUAAUUUAGUCGAGUGAUUACGCCUUCAGUUACUGGUUGAAACAUACAAGAGUGAUCACGUGACGAGUUCACCUCGUCGAAAAAAGCAGGCGUAUUUAUUCUAAAAGUAGUACUUCUCACAGUUGUGACUAUGACCGCCAGGGUAAACAUGCUUAUAUGGUCCUUUUUGUGGCAUAACACAACUCUCUCGUCAUUAGGUCGGAUUGAUUCGAAUUAAAGGGGGACUAGACUGAACCUGAUUUGAUAGGUCAACAUGUGACAAUGUAGUGUGUGUAUACGUUAGUCUGUUAUUGCGAGGAAGCGUUUUACGUAGUCAAAGAACCCCUUUAAGAUAAUAGGACUACCUUAGCUUCCGGUAUGACAUUGACGUCGUACACCAACCAAAGGUGCGUGAGAAAUGUUAGCACAGGCGGAUCCGGGGUUCAUUAAAUCAGGCACUGAUACUGGUAGAAUCGUCUGUAUUUAAAAUACACAGCUAAUACUAGUAUUUGUGGGUUCAUAUGCGAUUCAGUGAGACAUCACCCUCCUCUAAUCUCCGGAUCCGCCAAUUAUACAUUUGUAGAUGUUGCACGAUCGCUUGGCUUGUUUCAUUGUUCUUCACCAUACAUGAUAAUCCUUUGAAAUAAUAAUGUUAAUUAGCGAAUGGUUUUGGAUGGCAUAGACUUCUUGUCACCUUAGUAUUUCAGUGUUUUCAACAAAUAUGACAUGUUUGGACAGACAUUUGCAGUUCACAAACGACGAAACAGCACUGCCGUGCAUAUGCCAUAGAAUCUGUGUAACCCGAAAUCCGGUUCCUCCCAAACACGUCGUUUCGGAAUUUCGGACGAAGGGGGGAGUUUGGUUUCACGUCUCUUUGAACAAUAUUCCAGUUACAUCAGCUCCAUGUGGGAAGAAAGCUCGAAUAGGUACAGGUCGUUAUUACCGCUUUGGUGAAACCCACGAGCACAGGAAUGGUGCUGACAAACCUAGAAACAUUCAGUCGAGUCAACAUGCUUUUAAUACAUUUACUAGUCACGGGAUAGCGGUCUAGUGUUCUUACACAUGAGUAGAAGAAUUAUUGUAUUUUAAAGGCAACAUUCCAUUUUGGCAGUUCCCUAGCAAACGGUUGUCAAAGGUCAAAGAAUUUAUGACUUUCCGGAAUUAACCGAAUAGCGGGUUACGAAGUGUGCCGAGUGAUAACGAAUAUGCCCGAAGAACAAAGAUGGGUUUGGAAAUUAUAUGUGGGCGUAACGUUGUCAAAUUAGCUCAGUCUGGGAUGACGUCAUAUCUGAACCCCGCCUUGUCUGGCACACAUUAUUGUGUUGUGGUAAAAUUACCCUGAUUUAAUAUUUAAAUGUUGACAUGAUGACAAACAGUACGUGCUUAAAGUGCUUACGGGCAUAACAGGAGCUUGGAACAACAAACAACACUGGGGGAAACGUGCUCAUUGUAUAGUUCCUAGUUUUUGCCUUUUUAGUAAUAAUUUCUCUCUUAGAUGAUCAUAUUGCAUGUUUUUGUGUGUCAACAAAUUUAGGUUUCACCUCCUUUCAAGUUAACGAUAUCAAGGCUUGUGUGAGAAGCCAUUCAGAAAAUGUGGUAUCUAGAGUGUGGGUGUUGGGGGUGUGCGAUGUGAACCAUUAUGCAGUCGUCAUAAACCUUGAAAGUCCGACAUGAAACUCUUACCCCGGAACAUUUUCUAAAGCCAUCCAUAUUUUUUGUGUGUUUCUAAUCUUCAAACUCAACCAGCAAGAGAGCGAGCGAGAGAAAUAGAUUUUAUUCACAGUUUUUUAUAGUGUUUUACACUAAUUGUGUCACUUAUUUUAUGACAUUUAAAAGUUUAAAACACUGGUACCAGUCUUUUAAUUAGUUUCUGACGUAGUGAGUGAGUAAGUAUGGUUUAACGCCGCUUUUAGCAAUAUUCCAGCAAUAUCACGGCAGGGGACACCACAACUAGGCUUCACAUAUUGUACCCAUGUCGGGAAUCGAACCCGGGUCUUCGGCGAGACGAGCGAACGCUUUAACCACUAGCCUACCCGACCCCAGUUUCUGACGUAGAUCGAGUCGCUUUGCUUCGAAACAAAUUUUUAAUACAAAUACCUGAAGAAAGACCGGUCUUUUAUGAGUGCACAAUGGUAGAAGUAUAUUUUUAUAUCGCAUCGGCGGGGACAAUUGAGAUACGGAAACUUUAUUAUUUCGCUUCAGAUUCAAAAUUCAGAGCGAGCAGGAGAUGGGUAACUCAGAAAAAUAUACGGAAGGCCUAAAAGAAAAGAAAACAUCCCGUGCACGGGAAAAAAAACAGUUAAAAAAGAUUAGUAAUGAAUCGCGGAGAGAAAACUAUGUGCGUAAUUGAAGUUGCCAUAUUCUGUUUCUGUGGAAUAAUUAUAGAUGAUAGUCAUAAUCAGACUACUGUUCGUCGACAUUCCCAAUCUCAUAAAAAUCAGAUCUAAGUUUUCGCUGCAGCUAAACAAAGAUCUUUGUUUAGCGAUAGCGAGAACUAAGAUCUAAUUUUAAGUAGAAAUUCCCUACUCAGAAUUACGUCCCCUGUGCGUGCUAGGAUCAGCAAAUCGUUCGUUGAUCUUUGGUUGGUAAUAGUUAUGAUGCACGUUUUGUCAGCUCCGUACCAGCAUUUCUCCACAGUCACGGCUUCACUUUGUGCUUUCUUCUCACUCGACCGCGGACACACCUGAUGUAAGUGGACACUGUUCAAACCAGACUCACUCGUUAUAGUCUUAGAGGAACUGACUUGUCAAAAAUCCGUGUCAUGUUUGUAGAUAGCACCUACAAGAUAUAUGGUCACAAUCAGAGGCAGAGCGAUCCUUUUAUAUACGAACACUGCUUGUAACCAUAUAUAUUGUAGGUUCUAUUUUGGCGUUAUAAACCCGUGUGGGCAUAUCUGUGUGUUAUUACCCAUAGGGUUAGAAAUAACCCAGUUAAUAAAAACCAUAUGUGCACUUCACGCGCACAAGUGUAUUGUUUACGUCAUCCCGACGGCAUUGUUGACGUCGCUCGAAUCUUGUGACGUAAGGUGUAAGAAAUGAUAGGUAAUAAGACAUUUUUAAGCUCGCGGGAAAUAAUGGGUAGUAAAUAAAUUGUUACAAUCGCACGUGUUUCAUAUUGAUUUUACGAAACUAAUGUAAGAAUCCAUGCAUUACCCUCGCUCUCUCUCGGACGUACAAGAAUUCUGACACUCGUUUCGUAAAGUCAGUAUGACACACAUGCUCGUGUAAUAACCCCUAUGUUCAUGACUUGUAUCACAACAUUUUUAAUUCAAAUUAAACUAUACAUGCUUCCAACAAGAUGUUUAUUAUAUGCCUAUGCUUCCAACAAGAUGUUUAUUAAUCAUGUCUAUUGUAUGACUAGGUACUGAUACAAUUAAUACUGCGUAUUACCAAUGUAUACCUGUAACCUCUUCAAUGACACAUUCCUUUCCAACACCAGGUGUCUGGUCUGGACCAGUUUAACUGUCGAUUAAUGAAGAAGCACUAUCAGACAUGUCUGAGUUAAGAUGAGAGUAAUGGUGAUAUGCAGUUGCGUCCCUUAGGUGUAUCAGAAUCCUAAGAUCGUGGGUUCGAAUUCCAGAUUCUCCCUAAUUUGAGCCUUUAACGGCACCAUACCCGUGGGAUUCACCAAAAUAGUAAACGUAUAACACCUGCAUCACUUUGGGAGAUACUCCUACAUUAAUCUGAUGCUACCGAUAAGGUGAUAAAUAAAUGCCAUGAGCUGCGUUACUUUUGACUUGGAGUAUAUUUCUCGCUUCCUCUCACUACUAGCUGCAGACAGGGUAGGUCUCCACACAGAGUAGGGCUGUGCAUGGAGAGCCAUGGUACACGUGGCUGGACUAAAGGGCUGUUCAAGCUCCGUAUCUGAUGUAUAAAUAACAUACUUGUAUUUAUAUAAUAUAUGGAAUAUGGUUACCGCCCUGUGCGAGCCGACUGACAAUCACGUUAUUAGUGUAACAGAUUCAAAAUGUUUUAUUUUACCAGUUUCAAUCAGUUUUCAAUUAAAUACCUCCCACAAGAUGUAAAUGUACAGAUGAUGUUAUCUUAUGAGGUGUACAUGUUUAAUGUUGCAGAGUAGCUUGCUAAAGAUGUAUAUCAUUGCAGGGACCAGUCAUUUAUUGCGGGGCGGGGCGAAGCGACGCAAGAGAUAGGCAAGGGAGGUUCUCAUCCAAUACACCAAUACAUAACUGUAUAGUUUAAGGGGAACGGUUAAGAAAAUAACUACAUAUAUGGGUGGUCGGGGUGUUAGUGGGAAAGUGUACAAGUCUUUGGGGGAGUUGCAACAUAUGUAUGAAAUAUUUUUUAUUUAGAAUCGGGUAACUCCAACCCUAUGAUUAAUGACUGGUCCCUCAUUUCACCAGCUUCAUCCUUCCUUUUUGUUGCUCAAUCACUUGUUUAUCUUGUACAUAUAUAUAUACAUAUAUUGUAGUCCAACACCAAUGGGAAUGUAAGGUACAUAACAUCAUAGGGAAUUCAGGUUACUUCUAACUGAUGGUGACAAAAUAAUAAUCCCAAUAUCCGAGCAUCCUCGAUUAUCCAGGGUAAUAUAUCUCCAUUAUUACGAUAAACACCCUGGACCCAGGGCCCAGUCCCCGCACAGGUUCGUUUCAGGUCCGUAUCUCCAUUUAUCAUCACUAACAGCAUAGUUUUUCUCUCGCUCAUGAUUUAUAUGACUGUACGCCCUAUUUUAUUAGCAUCCUGCCAUUCGGGGCUCAAAAACGAGGCUAUUGUAGUGAAUGGGUCCACGGUAUUUACCACAAUAAUAUGGAAAUAUAAUGCCCUAGAUUAUCGAGGAUGAUAUUUGAUGUAAGCUUUCCUGUUGGAAUAGAAAGUAUAUCGUAAGUACUGGAAGUCAUGGUUUUGGCUAGGAUUCCGGAAUCUUGCAAAACAGAAAUAAAGACACAGGGAUCACAUAACACGAAACUGCUUUGUACACAUUUUUUUAAUUAGCUAGGUAAUAGUUUUAAAUGGUGAUAAAAAAUAUACCACCAUUGGACAUGGUACCUAUAUGUGGUACCAUUCUGUCCUAGAAUCCUCAAGCCUGCUCCCAACAAACCAGUAGAUGACAGGGUGAACAUAUUGCCAAAAUCACAUGUAGAAUCGUAAAUAAUUGUGGUCACUUCAUGAUUGAUAUUCAGACAUUAAUUUAUUCUUUUGUCAUUGGUGUGUGCAUUCUUGUUCAUGUUCGCCUCUUCACUGGCAGUUUUGACCCAUGUAUAAUCUCCUAGUCCUGCUGUUAGCCACUCUAGAUGGUCCUGACGCUGCACAUCCACAGUAUAUGCAACCAUACACUGUAGUGGCCUUACUUCAUUGUUUGGGUUUUACUCCUUGGAAUAAAUAUGGUUUUGAAGGUA